AUGACUGACCGAAAAGCCGUAAUCAAGAAUGCCGACAUGAGCGAGGAUAUGCAACAAGAUGCCAUAGAUUGUGCCACUCAAGCACUUGAGAAAUACAACAUCGAGAAGGACAUUGCUGCCUACAUCAAGAAGGAAUUCGACAAAAAGUACAACCCAACAUGGCAUUGCAUUGUCGGACGAAACUUUGGAUCUUAUGUGACACACGAAACGAAGCACUUCAUCUACUUCUACCUUGGCCAAGUUGCAAUCCUCCUUUUCAAGAGCGGU